GCCGCCUAUGGCCACAGAGGCUGGGGCCCGAGCCACGCGCUGUAUCCCGGGCCGGGACGAGGCUGGAUGGCGACGUGGAGGCGGGACGGUCGGCUAACCGGCAGCCAGCGGCUGCUCUGCGCCGGCCUGGCGGGCGCGCUCAGCCUCAGCCUCACCGCGCCCCUGGAGCUCGCCACCGUGCUGGCCCAGGUCGGCGGCGUGGCGCGAGGCCGCGCCCGGGGGCCGUGGGCCACAGGGCGCCGGGUGUGGAGGGCCGAGGGGCCCCGGGCCCUGUGGAAGGGGAACGCGGUGGCGUGUCUGCGCCUCUUCCCCUGUAGCGUCGUGCAGCUCGCCGCCUACCGCAAGUUUGUCGUGCUGUUCAUGGAUGAUCUAGGCCAUAUUUCCCAGUGGAGCUCCAUCGUGGCUGGGAGUCUCGCAGGCAUGGUUUCCACCAUUGUGACAUAUCCUACAGACCUCAUCAAAACCCGGUUGAUGGUUCAGAAUAUGCUGGAGCCAUCUUACAAAGGGCUUCUCCAUGCCUUUUCUACUAUUUAUCAACAGGAAGGGUUCCUGGCCCUUUAUCGAGGGGUUUCCCUCACUGUUUUAGGUGCUCUCCCAUUCUCUGCUGGCUCCCUUCUGGUCUACAUGAACUUGGAGAAAAUUUGGAAUGGACCUCGUGAUCGGUUCUCAGUCCUCCAGAACUUUGCCAAUGUGUGCCUGGCUGCCAUGGUGACACAGACCCUCUCCUUUCCCUUUGACACUGUGAAGAGAAAGAUGCAGGCUCAGAGCCCCUGUCUUCCCCACCACGGAGGAGUGGAUGUCCAGUUCUCAGGAGCAGCGGACUGCUUUCGGCAGAUAGUGAAGGCCCAGGGCGUCCAGGGGCUCUGGAAUGGAUUGACAGCCAACUUGCUGAAGAUAGUCCCAUAUUUUGGAGUUAUGUUUAGCACCUUUGAGUUCUGCAAGAGAAUCUGUCUUUACCAAAAUGGUUACAUUGUGUCUCCUCUGAGCUAUAAACUGACCCCAGGGGUAGACCAGAGCUUGAAGCCCCAAGAACUAAGGGAGUUAAAGAAGUUCUUCAAAACUGGAAACCUGAAGUCAAAAAAACCAACUCUGUAAAAAUGAUAUGGAACUGAAAGUGCACUGACUGAAGGCAUGUCACGACCACAGGCAUAGCCUCCUGAGAUUGGUGCGGUGGCACAGUAUAUCAAGCCUCAGCCUGCAGUGCCAACAUCACACAUGCGCACCCAUUCAAGUCCUGGC